UUAAUGAAAUUAGUGUGAAGAAAGAUGAGAGAGUUAGAGAGAGAGAGUGCUAGGGUUAGGGCUAGGUUUCCGACAGCCAAGGACAGUGGCAGUGGGAUCAGGAGGCAGCUUCCACAGUAUGGCAAGCAGUAUCUUGGGCAGGCAACUUCGUAUUUCUUCUAUGAUUUUCCAGCAGAUCAAUCAGCAAAGGAUUUGUGGUAUUGUUUUUGGUCAUUUGGGAAGGUGGCAGAUGUGUAUAUUCCAGCAAAGCACGAUCGAAGAGGCCGUCGGUUUGGGUUUGUUCGUAUGGUGAAUGUCUCAAAUGUUAGGGAGAUGGAGAGGAAGUUGAACCAGAUUAAGAUAGACUCUUAUUAUCUCAAGGUGAAGCUUGUUGAGAAUAUGAAAAGAGGAAGGGAGGAGACAGUGUUGGGACAGCACAAGCAGUUGGAGAAAAAAUGGAUUAGAAGAGAUAGUAAGGUGUCUUCGGGGAAAACUUAUGCUCAAGUCGUUGCUGGAAAUAGAGGUGCACUAGAGGAAGGGAAGUCCUCCACUAAUGGGGCCAAGCAGGGUGUUGCAACGAAAGGAAACGGGGCCAUGGAGGAUGCGGGGGAUGAGGUUUUAAGGGUGAGGGAAUUGAAGGUGAUGUCGGAGACAGCACCUGAGAAGGAUUCUGGGCCAGAAAUGGAGCGGGUUUUAAACUUUAUUCCUAAAGAUGAGGAAGUAGCAUGGCUGAAACGCAGUAUGGUGGCUGAGGUUCGGUCUUUGGAUAUGGUGAAGAGAAUCCAAAUCCAUUUGGAUGUGGAGGGAAUACUAGUGAAUGUGGCUCUGCUUGGUGGUCGACAAGUCAUUUUAGUGGAUAAUUCGGAAGGUGGCCUGGAGGAGUUUCUUACCCAAAAUGGAGAAGUGGUGGAAUUGUGGUUUGAAUGGAUAAAGCCAUGUUCUUUAUCCACAGUUUCUUCAUUGUGUAGACUGGUAUGGCUUCGGCUCAAUGGGGUUCCGUUGAAGGCAUGGAGUGAGAGAUGCUUCAUAGAAUUAGGGAGCAUAAUUGGAGAGGUGAUACUUGUUGAUGAGGAUACGAGGAGUAAAUCGUUUUUAUGCGAAGGAAGGGUGUUGAUUUUGAGUGCAGAAAAGAGGAAAAUAGCAACAACCAUUUGUUUGCGCGUCGAUGGUGAGGAUUUCCCAAUAGCAGUGUCAGAGGAGGAGUGGAGGAUGGAUCGGACUGGUGGUUGGCCGGAGAACGUCGAAAUCCAGCCACUCAACCUAGUUCGGAAUAUUCCAGCAGCGACGAUGGAGGAGGUGAUGACGGGUUACAGCAAUUUGAAUUUGAAUUUCAAUGGAAAUGGCCUUCUGUGCGAAGAUGGCAGAGAGGUGGCCGAAGAUCAUGCUGUGAUGGAUUUGGUUUCAUUUAAAGAGUUAAGUAGACAUGCAGAGUCGAAGGGAAAAGAAGCGGCUGGAACUCUGAAGGAGAUUUAUGCAAGGGAGGCUGGAGAGGACAAAUCGAUGAGAAGGGGCACUAGUUGGAUCACGGCACGAGCAAAGAGUAGAAGGGAUAGAAGGGUUCUAGCAACGCUAGAAGAGGUGAGGCCGAAUCUGCAGCAGGAGAGCUGCUCCGUGUCGGAUGGCUGCAUUCAGCACAAAAAUGGGAUAAUUCGACGGCAAUUGGAGACAAAAGAGGUGAUGGAAAUUUUUGAGUUGGGGCAACGGUUGGGGAUUCAGUGUCAACAAAACGAUGAAGAGGUGAUUUCUCGGCUGGUAGCUUUGGAGGAGAGGACUGUGAGGAAGGAGAUUGCUAAGUUAGUUAGAAAGGAGAGGCCAGAUUUUCUAUUUAUUCAAGAAACUAAAUUAGAGGAAGUGGAAGUUGCGUUAUGUAGAACUUUGUGGAAUUCAGAUGAUUUUGACUGGGUUAUGCAAAAAUCAGUGGGUAGUUCGGGUGGUAUGUUGUCUAUAUGGAAUAAGAAAAAUUUUGUCAAGCAAAGAGUGAUAGAAGGAAACGGGUUUAUUGGAAUUUCUGGUGAAUGGGGAAGUCAGCACACUACAUGCAACUUUGUUAAUGUGUAUGCUCCAUGUGAUAGGCAGAGGAAGGCUUCUUUGUGGGAAGAGAUUGGUGGAUCGAUUUUGGAAGUGGGUGGUAGAUGGCUUGUGGCAGGGGAUUUUAAUACAGUUCAAAAUGUCACAGAGAGGAAGGGAAGAUUAGGAGAAACUCAGGACAUGGAAGAUUUUAAUCAUUUUGUGGAAGGGACCGGGUUAAUUGAUGUCAGGUUGCAGAAUAGGAAAUUUACGUGGUACAGACCAAAUGGAACUUCAAUGAGUAGGCUUGACAGAUUUCUGCUAUCUACAGAAAUGAGUUUGUUGGAUAGGGAUUGGAAUCAAGUUGGUGUUCGAAGAUCAAUUUCUGAUCACUGUGCAAUUAUUUUGACAUCAAGAAAUGUGGAUUGGGGUCCUAAGCCUUUUCGAGUACUUGAUGCAUGGCAACAACAUCCAGAUUUUCGAGAAUUUGUGGAGAAUAGAUGGAAGGCUAUGCAAAUCGAAGGAUGGGCCUCAUACAAAUGUAAACAGAAGUUGAAGCUUUUAAAAGAAGAUUGUAAAGGAUGGAACAGUGGGGUGUUUAGCAAUGUGGAGACUCAAUUGGACACCCUAGUAAAGCAGGUUGAGAGGUUGGACAAAAAAAGUGAGGAGUAUGAGUUGGAAGAGAAUGAGGUGCUAUUGAGAAAGGAGUGUUUUCAGGGGAUGUGGGAAAUUCUAAGAAAGAGAGAAGCUGUGUGGAAGCAGAAAGCACGGACGAAUUGGGUUCGUUUGGGAGAUGCAAAUACAGCAUUCUUUCAUAGGAGUGUUCAUGCAAGGAGAGCACAGAAUGGCAUAUCUGGUAUCAUAGGCGAGAAGGGUUGGGUUGAGGAACCAGAUGCAAUCAAGGAGGAGGCAGUUAAGUAUUUUAGCAAGCUGUUUCGAGAUGAAAAGUGGCGUCGCCCUGUCUUGGGUGGGAUUCAAUUCCGCAGAAUAUCUGCGAUACAAAAGGAGUGGUUGGAAAGACCUUUCACAAUAGAGGAAAUUGAAGAAGGACUUCGAAGUUGUGAUGGAUCGAAGGCACCAGGACCAGAUGGUUUCAAUUUUAAUUUUAUCAAAUUUGCAUGGAGCACAAUGAAGGAGGAUUUUGUGAAUUUCCUGCAGGAAUUUCAUCGUCAUGGGAGGUUAGUUAAAGGUCUUAAUUCAUCAUUUUUGACGUUAAUCCCCAAAAAGUUGAAUCCAGUGCAAUUUAAGGAGUAUCGACCUAUUAGUUUGAUUGGGUGCUUGUAUAAGCUAUUGGCAAAAGUCUUGGCGAAUCGGUUGAAAAAGGUCAUAGCCAAUAUUAUCAGUGAAUCGCAAUCAGCGUUUGUUGGUGGGCGGCAAUUGGUGGAUAGUGUGCUGAUUUUAAAUGAGGCUGUGGAUGAGGUAAAAAGGAGAAAACAAGAGAGUUUCAUCUUUAAAGCUGAUUUUGAGAAAGCUUAUGACUGUGUGAAUUGGGAUUUUCUGGAUUGGAUGAUGGAUAAAAUGGGGUUUGGGGCUAAAUGGAGGAAGUGGAUUCGUGAAUGUCUCUCAACAGCUAGGAUUUCUAUUCUAAUGAAUGGAAGUCCAAUAAUGGAGUUUACAACUAGUAAAGGUCUUCGUCAAGGUGAUCCUUUGUCUCCUUUUUUAUUUUUAUUAGUUGGAGAAGGGCUGUGUGGGCUUGUUAGGAAAGCUGAGAGUGAAGGGCUUUUUCAAGGGGUGGAUAUUGGGACGAGGGGUAUGAGUUUGUCAUUGCUUCAGUUUGCAGACGACUUUGUUUUUAUGGGAAAGGCAUGUGCUGAUAAUUUAAGGGUUGUGAAGGCUAUUUUGCAUUUGUUUGAAUUGAUUUCAGGGUUGAAGGUUAAUUUCAGCAAGAGUCAUUUGUAUGGGUUUAACAUUUCAGAAGGGUGGGUAAAAGGUGCAGCAGCUAUUUUGCAUUGUGGAGUAGGCAAGGUGCCUUUUAUAUACCUUGGUUUGCCAGUAGGGGGGAAUCCGAGGAGGAAGAAGUUCUGGAAUUCAGUGCUGGACCGUUUUCGAUCUAAGCUUGCCUCGUGGAAAAGCCCACUACUGUCCUUUGGAGGUCGGAUUACCUUAAUUAACUCGGUACUUUCUGCUCUCCCUAUUUUUUACUUUUCGUUGUUUAAAAUCCCUAAAUGUGUGCUUAUUGAGUUAGUUAAAAUUCAAAGGAAUUUUUUUUGGGGUGGUGUGAAUUUGGAUAAAAAGAUUUCAUGGGUUAGUUGGGACAGUAUAUGUGUGGAUAAGGAGAGAGGUGGUUUAGGAGUGGAUGAUUUGGAGAGGAGGAAUUGUGCUUUGUUGGGUAAAUGGUGGUAUAGGUUAGGUGAUGGUUUAGAGGGUUUAUGGAAGAGGGUGAUUUGGGAGAAAUAUUAUGGGAGUCAAAAGGAGGUUGAAGUUACUUCAUUUGCAUCUUUUAAUAUGUCUCGGGUGUGGAAGGACAUUGUGAGUGUGGGUAGUGGGUCUGUAAGGCUUUUGGAGAUGCUUGUAAAGGGCUUUAAAUGGAAAGUGGGGGAUGGAAGUUGUGUGAAUUUUUGGAGCGAUAAGUGGGUGGGAGAAAAGCCUUUGAAGGAUUUAUUUCCUAGGUUGUUUGCAUUGUCUACAAAUAGGGAGGGGUUGUUAAAGGAUAUGGGUCUUUGGAGUGAUGAUGGUUGGGUAUGGGUUUGUAGGUGGAGACAUGGGUGUCUAGGGAGGGCGGUUGGUGAGGAAGAACAGCUUAGGGAGUUGAUUGAUGGUGUAAAGUUGAAGAAUGAUGGAGUAGAUUCGUGGAGAUGGAUACAUAGUGGAGAUGGUUCAUAUUCGGUAAAGGUGGCGUAUGAUUUUUUAACACCGAAGGUUAGUAUUUUGGAUGGGAAGUGGACUAAAGUUAUUUGGAGUAAAUAUGUUCCUUCUAAAUUAAGUGUUUUUGGGUGGAGAUUAUUUUUGAAUAGGCUGGCCACAAGGGAGAAUUUAUGUAAAAGAGGGAUUGUUUCGUUAGGGGAGGAUGUUGGAUGCGGUUUUUGUCAUGAGGGGGUGGAGCAAUUGCAUCAUAUUUUUUGUGAGUGUAAAGGGGUGUGGAUACUUUGGAUGAAGAUUUUGGAUUGGUGGGGUUUGCAAAGUGUCUUACCAAAUAAUAUAUUUGGGUUGGUGGAGUAUGUGGUGUAUGGAAUAGGUGGGGGACGGUUAAAGGAGUUGGGAGCUCUUAUUUUUUUGGUUGGUGCUUGGUUCGUAUGGUACUGGAGGAAUAUCAAGGUGUUUCAAACUGUUUCUAUGACUGAAGCUCAGUUAUUGGAGUUUAUCCAGGCUAAAUCAUUUCUAUGGCUUAAAAAUAAAAAAUCUGGCUGUGUGUUCUCUUAUACAGAUUGGGUAUCUAACCCUAUGGAUUGUAGGGAAGCCAUUGUUCAAUACCAUAAAGAGUUGAAGAACUACAAGCAGCUUCAACGUCUCAUGUUAUGAUUCCUCAUUUCUGUU